AUGCGUGAGGCCAGCGUGCACGGAGCCGCCCAGCAGCUCAGGCGACAGACGGCCGGCGGGCUGGUGUGCAGUCCCAGCGGGGGCAGAACCAUCCGCGUAGAGGAUGCUAAUGCCUGGUGGGCGGCGACCACGCGGCGGGCCGCGCUGGGCCUGGUGGCCGCAGCUCUGCGGAGGCCCGCAGCCCGCCUCUCCUGCCUGACGCUCCCGUGCCUUCUCCCGCUCCACCAGAGCAAGCCCGUGGCCAUCGACAACAUCAUCUGCGCGCUCUUUAAGAGGACGUUCGUGCCUCGCUACCGCGACAUCAGCUCGGACAUCCGAGUGAUCUGCGUGGCGGAGCUCGGAUGCUGGAUCAAGCUCUACCCGGACCUGUUCCUGGACAACAACUACUUGAAGUACAUCGGCUGGAUGCUGUAUGACAAGGUAGGCGCGCUCCGCUGGUCUGCCGCCUCCGCCGAGGAGGCCCCCAGGCCCGCUUUCCUGUCCGGCGGUUCCCGGAGCGAGCACGCGUGUCCUGCACGGUGUCUCGUGAGUCCCGCUGUGCAGAGAAGUCUUUCCGACAAGCUGCGAUUUUGCAGCAGGGGGUCUGGGCCGCAGGGGCUCACGUGUCCCCUGGAGAAAUGGGGACGUGGCCCUGCCUCGUGUCUGUCCUGCGACACAGGGUUGUGUGUCUGGGCCCCUCACUGACAUUGCGGACCGGGCCCAGCAGCUGCACGCGCCCACAGGACCGUGCUCGAGGUCAGCCCCACCCCCUGCCACCAGCUCUGGGUGGGGGCCACGGGCACGGUCCUCGGCCUGCCGGGCACAGGGAGCCUCAGACACGAGCCUGCUUGGGAACACCCGCUCUGGACCCUGCGCGUCCGGAUCUCACCAGAACAAACGUGCCCGCCUGGCGGUCGCCGGCUGCGACUGACAUGGGGCGGUUUCUGGUCCCUGGGACAGACAGAAACGAGUACAAGUCUGUUCUCCCAAAUAGACGCCUUUUUCGUGAAAAGUACACAAGACGAAGCCCUAAGAAAUGUUCGUGACCACCCGUCGCCGUCGGUUGUGUUUCCUGGUUGUGGGCCUGAU